AUGGCCUGUGUGUCUGGAGAGUUGGAGAAUGGGGAGGGUGGUUACGUCGCUUACAUAAGAACGGAAGAAAAUGAAAAGGAAGUCGGCAGGACAUUUUUGGAUGCACAGAGAGCAGUAAUUGAAGAUUUCACCAUGAACAAAAACAAGCGAGAGAGGGAGUUCUACAGCCUGGAUGUGGGAGACUCGACGUUCACAGUACUGAAGCGAUACCAGAAUCUAAGACCCAUCGGCUCAGGAGCGCAGGGGAUUGUGUGCUCUGCUUACGACCAAAUGCUUGAACGAAAUGUUGCCAUCAAGAAGCUGAGUCGGCCGUUUCAAAAUCAAACCCAUGCCAAGAGGGCGUACAGAGAGCUAGUCCUAAUGAAAUGUGUCAAUCACAAAAAUAUCAUUGGCCUAUUAAAUGUAUUUACACCACAAAAAUCAUUACAAGACUUUCAAGAUGUGUACUUGGUGAUGGAGCUGAUGGACGCCAACCUGUGCCAGGUCAUUCAGAUGGAGCUGGACCACGAGAGGCUGUCUUAUCUGCUCUAUCAGACGCUGUGCGGUAUCAAACACCUCCACGCCGCCGGCAUCAUUCACAGGGACCUGAAGCCAAGUAACAUUGUCGUCAAGUCAGAUUGUACACUGAAGAUCUUGGACUUUGGCCUGGCUCGGACGGCGGCCACCGGCCUCCUGAUGACACCAUACGUGGUGACACGUUACUACAGAGCACCUGAGGUUAUCCUGGGCAUGGGAUAUCAAGCCAAUGUGGACGUAUGGUCAGUGGGCUGCAUUGUGGCUGAAAUGAUCAGGGGAAGCGUGUUGUUCCCCGGCACUGAUCAUAUUGAUCAGUGGAACAAGGUCAUCGAGCAGCUCGGCACCCCAACUCAGGAAUUCCUCAUGAAGCUGAAUCAGUCGGUAAGAACGUAUGUAGAAAACAGGCCACGCUACGCUGGAUACAGCUUUGAGAAACUCUUCCCAGACGUGCUCUUCCCUGCUGACUCUGAUCACAACAAACUGAAAGCGAGCCAAGCCAGAGAUCUCUUAUCCAAGAUGUUAGUGAUUGAUUCCUCCAAACGAAUCACUGUAGACGAGGCCCUGCAGCACCCCUACAUCAAUGUUUGGUACGACCCAGCAGAAGUGGAAGCGCCACCUCCGAAGAUUCCGGAGAAAGCACUGGACGAGAGGGAGCACACCGUGGAGGAGUGGAAAGAUCUAAUUUAUAAGGAAGUGAGUGAUUGGGAUGAGUGGGCAAAAAAUGGAGUGAUAAGAGGCCAGCCACCUCCUUUAGGUGCAGCAGUGAUCGACAGCCCCCCCCAGCCCACGUCCUCCUCUUCCUCGGCCAACGACGUCUCGUCCAUGUCCACGGAGCCCACUGACCCGUGCAGCGACCCCACCUUGACCUCUGAAACAGACAGCAGCUUGGAAAGCCAUACCUCUCUGGGUGCGCUGGCCUGCUGCAGAUAA